AUGAGGGUGCACCAUGGACGGGGACCGCGGCGUUACUACGAGCCCGAGGGUCGUGAAUUGGACAUCCACGUACUUGAAACACUGCCUACACUCGGCUGGAAGAAUAAGGAUUAGAUGAUCACCUUGGACAACUACACGCCGCAGGGGGUGAGCAAUAUCCUAGAUGGUAUUCGUAAAAUACAUCGAGCACUAGCGCGGCAUAGAGUUCGUAAACAACUCAAUAUGAUGAUCGUUAAGGAUGGCCCAGAUAGAGUUGUUUGGCUGGAUUUUGACCGAGCCCGGACAUACGACAAAGAUCAAAUCAUCGCGGAAAAAAACAACCUCAUCAAGAAGGAAGCAAUUAUUAUGGAACUCAAGGAUGCCACAGCCGUUGAUGCCGAGAAAGGGAAGUUAGAUGAAACAUACUUGUUUUACUUUGGCUCAUGA